AUUAAAAAAACCUAGGUAUUGAAAGUCAUAAAAAAAAAUAUCCUUGUUCCAUCUGCUCUGUCAAAGCGACGACCCGCAUCCAUGACAACUAUAGAAAGAACAUUCAGUUCAGACCAGAGAACAGCAGCCGAUAUCCCCCCAGAUAGAACUUUUCUCACGUUUUCUUGGUCAAACAUCUUCGGCUUUGAAUAUUCGUUUGAGCACACUGCUUGUACCACGCUGGUUGCAGUCUCAACAUGUAAGGUGUACAUUGAUGAUACCCUAAAAGCAUCAUGAAAAGGAAAACUAAACAAAAGCAAAGAAAGUGUUUUGUGUUCAGCGACUAAAACUAAUUAGGGCUCUAGCGCUCAAUAACGAAUUCAAGGCUUGCCCCUACAAAUCGUAAGGUUGUACCGCAAGUUUGGGCGAGACGCUAUCACUGAUCGAAAAUCUGCUUUGACUGCGACAAGGAGACUGGUUGCCAAGGCAUACAGGAGUUUUACGCUCUCUAUGGUAGAAGAUGGAGGGGCUACAACUUGAGCGCUGGCAGCUGCUCUUUCUGCUGAUACUAUUAAUUCUUCACACCAUAGUGUUCUUCCUCGGUUUGAUUGGGAACAUUUCCGUCAUCCGAGUUGUGCGAUCUACGCGCUCAAUGCACACCGCAACAAACUAUCUCCUUGCGAAUCUCGCAUUAGCUGACAUCCUGACUCUCCUUACGAACCCAUAUCUGGUUGGCCAGAUGUUCGUGCAAGUUGUGAGGUUUCAAGACAGAUCCUGGAGUCCAGUUACCAAGGACUGGAUCUGCAGGUUAAUCGUGUCAGGCGGAGUGGUCGGCGUUUUUAUCGGCGUUUCUAUCGGGUUCCUCUUGGUUGUGGCGGUAGAAAGGUAUCAUGCCAUGGUAAAGCCCAUGAGUGCACGCUUAAGGCUGGAGAAGGAACAGGUCUGGAAGGUCGCCGUUGGUGUUUGGAUCAUCGCUAUUCUCACCAAUAUCCCGAUUUUUCGAGAUAUCUACUUUGAUGCCAAGUCCAAACAUUGUUUCGUGGCAUGGCAUUUUACCACUGGAGAGGGAAUGGCAACAUAUGUGGGAUGCUAUAUGGCGAUACUAAACUGUGUUUCCGGCAUUUUGAUCGCCUUCUGCUACGUGUCUAUACUGAAAGGCCUCUACAUCACCAACACCAUCUGCUCUGAAACGGUCCCGACAAACGACGGGCGUGACUCGAAGAAGAAGCUCGCCAAGCUUGUGGCAACAGUAACGGCAUCCUUUUAUAUCCUUCUCAUCCCUUAUGCGAUAUUCACGAUUUACAUGGCAGCGGCGGAAAAGCCUCGAGGAAACACGGCGUAUUCAAAUGAUGCCCUUUUUGUGUCUUUCUAUGUGACCUCAAGCCUGUGCAUGGUGAACUCGUGUAUUAACCCUAUCCUCUACGCCCUGCAGAGCUCCAGCUACCGACGAGGCUUUGCCAAGCUAUAUCCCUGUUGCAUGAAGCAUCAGGAGGAGGAAAUGGCCGCGCCUGCAAGACAUGCGAACCCUUCUUGCAACAGUACGACUCAAGCACAUGCCUAAAGCAUGGAAAUCAGUCCACCAUUCUAAGCGCAUAAAUAAACCGAGGCACACAAAGCAUCCUUUUCAAGUAAUAAACCAAGAUCAUUCAAAUAGAUGUAAAAAAUGGCUGACUGGCUGAUUGACAUUCUUCUCAAAGUACUAGCAGAAAAUUCGGUAAAAAAAUCGUUUGGCAAAAAAAAAACUAGAAAUUGCUAGAAAAUUCUUCUGUAAAAUACUUUUGGCAAGUUUAUCAAGUAUAUUUUGCAAGUGAUAUCAAAAUAUAAAACAGUCAUUCUCUCUUGAUUAAUGUAAUAGAUGAUUAAUUCUCUGUAAAUAAUGAUCCUUAUAGCAUCUUUUACCUUAUUUAAAUAGAUGAUGAAUUCUUUGUAAAUAAUGGUCCUAAUAUUUUACCUUAUUUUAUGUUCAUUACUAUAGCAAGAGCGUCAAAACGACUGAUAAGCGAAUAUGUGGCAGAUAAAUAGUAAAACUACUACAAAAACUACAGACAAGCUGUAAAAAGACGCACCACCAAAUACAAAUAUUUACAGUGCGUUGACUUUUUUCUUUAUAAAAAAAAAUGGUCAGACGCGGUUCAACAUUACUUCACAAUGCAAGGUAAAUAACGAGAUAAACAACUAUUGGACAAUCUGUCUAGAAAACCAUGCUGGACAAGGCUAUCCAAUUAACUUGUAAUUAAAUAAUGAACCAGGACCUAACCCUUCCCACACAUAUGCCGGGGUCACGUGGCAUUUCAACAUUGGAAUUGUUUUUUUCUCAUAUUUAAAUCAUACGCUUAUCCAUUCAAGGCCAACAACGCAUUUUGCUGGAGUUGCAUUAAGCACAUAAUGUGCUUAUACACAAAAGCACCUUUCGGUUGCUAUGUAGAACUGUCAUUCACCUUUUUCGCGGACAAAAUUUUUUGAAAUACCUGUAUACCAAGAAGGAAUAAACUGUACAUUUGUAUAUUUAUAAUUAUUUUAUAAUUAUUAUGUACUGUAAUAUGUUUUUGCUUUGUUUCUAGUUUAGCGUAAGCACAACACAGAUCAGAAAACAAAUUCAGUUCAAAGUCACACAUACCUAGCACCAUGCUAUAUCAUAUUUACCAUGAGCUGCUCAAUGUAAGAUCAAAACGAAGACAUCUCACCUUGAAGACGAUAACUUCUGGCUUGCUAUAGAAGGCGCAACCCUAU